AUGAGCGGAAAUUUCCUCACGAUACCAGGCGAUGAUCCCAUUCAGAGACGAUCACGGAGUUCGUCACUAACAGAUCUCAUAUCGGCAUUCGAUACAAAGGCACAAAAUCACAGCGAACUGCAAAAAGUCACAGCAUUCAGCGGGAGCUUUGACAAAAAUCGCAAACCCACAUUCUCAAAAGAUGAAUAUGGAAAACCUAUUCCCGGUUCGAUGACGGAAUACAGAGGGGCAGAAGCUCAAGCCCGGGUAUGUACAGAGAUGAAGGAACUCUGUGAGAUCAUCAACGAAUAUGGUAAACCACCAUGCAAGAGCUUACUGCCGCCAGAAUUGAAAGAUGCCACCAAAGUAAUAUCAUUUGGAGAAUUAUUCACGAUUUACACGGUGAUUUCUGACAAAUUAGUUGGAAUACUGUUGCGGUCUAGAAAACAUCAGCUAACAUACUUCGAGGGAGAAGUUCUAUUUCAGAAACGUGAUGACGAUGUACCCAUAUUUCUAAUGCAGCCAAUCGAUGAUAUUAGAACUUAUUGCAACAACAGAGCACUACAAGCGAGAAGAUCUGUAUCACCGAUGCCAAACUAG